GUGAAUGAGAAACGGUGUGCUCUGCCGUCACUUCAGGGAUGAAGAUGAUGGAAUGUAACGUAUGGAUGACAGCGGUCCUUCUGUCGUUAUACCUUUCAGAUCAUGUACUUACGGAACAACUUCCCAACUGCAAAGACAGACCACUGUACAUCCAGCGUGUGUCUCUCCACAGCAGAGUGUCCAUCUCCUGCCCCAACACGACAGGGGAGGAUCUGAGCUUCCACCUGUCGUUGAACCAGUCCCUCGUUCACACCACAGUGCUCGAGAGGAACCAGAUCCACACCAGAACCAACCAAACAGACACCUGGGCCCAGUUCUAUCUAGUUGACCAAAAUCGGAACCAGAACUUGAUCAACCGCUAUGUGUUCACGGUCAACAGCACAGGCCUGUACACCUGCAUAGCGGAAAGGAUGAGGUCUCCUCUGCCUUAUCAAGAGGACUCUGUUCAGACUCUACUGAUUGAAGAGAAGCAGUGCUUGACACACCGAGAUCCACUGGCGAAUCAAGAUCAAGAUCCUCUGGCCAACCAGAAUUGUGCAGAGGUUUCUAAACCCCUCCCCCUGUGUCCAUUAUUGGUGGCAUGUGGCUUUCUUCUCUACAGCAUCAUCAUCACGAUCAUCGCCAUCGUCCUCUGGAGGAAGCUGAAGAAGGAAGUGUCUGUUCAGAGUGACUACGUGAACAUGAAGCCUGGAGAGAAGACGAGGCCUAAGAGAGUCCAGCAUCCAGUCACAAGGAGAUUCUGAUUCUGGUCAUUCCUAUGGCUGUGUACCUAAUGGCACCCUAUUCUCUAUGGCUCUAUGGCUGUGUACCUAAUGGCACCCUAUUCUCUAUGGUCCUAUGGCACCCUAUUCUCUAUGGCUCUAUGGCACCCUAUUCUCUAUGGUCCUAUG